GAAGGACGAGGGUCGAGUUUGGCGCGCCCACGCAGUGCAGGGGAAGGAGGAGGAUAAAAGCGCAAAUUAGUUGAACUUUUUAAACAUUUGACUUUCGCGUCUUCUCCUGCGUGCAGGUGUGCGUGCUGCUGCGCCACCCGGAGAGAAACCAACUUUUAAAAAAAACUUCUAAGCGAUUAUCCAUCCUGAUUUUUCUUUCCUCCCAGAAUUUCCUUUUCCGCGGUUUGCUUUAGAUCUAUCUUCUUGCUCCACUUUCCUUUGAAUUUUCACCGAUACACCCUUAUUGCCUUCAUGGCGACGGUUUCUCCUCUCGCCAAGUACAAGCUCGUCUUCCUCGGCGAUCAAUCCGUUGGUAAAACCAGCAUUAUCACCCGCUUCAUGUACGACAAGUUUGAUACCACCUAUCAGGCUACAAUUGGAAUUGACUUUUUGUCCAAAACAAUGUACCUUGAAGAUCGAACAAUUCGGUUGCAGCUUUGGGAUACUGCUGGACAAGAAAGAUUUAGGAGUCUCAUUCCAAGUUACAUAAGAGAUUCCUCUGUUGCAGUAGUAGUCUAUGAUGUAUCUAAUAGACAAUCGUUCUUGAACACCACCAAGUGGAUUGAGGAGGUACGAACAGAACGGGGUAGUGAUGUGAUCAUUGUUCUUGUUGGGAACAAAACUGAUCUUGUUGAGAAAAGGCAAGUUUCAAUCGAAGAAGGUGAUGCCAAAUCACGGGAGUUUGGAGUCAUGUUUAUAGAAACUAGUGCCAAAGCUGGGUUCAACAUCAAGCCUCUCUUUCGUAAGAUUGCUGCAGCACUGCCAGGGAUGGAAACUCUGUCAUCAACAAGGCAGGAGGACAUGGUUGACGUAAAUUUGAAACCCGCAGUGAAUUCAUCCCAGACGGAACAGCAAGGAGGAGGUUGUGCAUGCUAGAGGAUAUGUAAGUUCAAUACAUAAAGCAAAAAAAAAAAAAAAAAAAAAAUCCUGCAGAAUUGAAGUAGUAUACGCAAUCAUUUAAAGGUGAGAAUUAGUUCAACAAAUUGACAUUCGAAAUUUUCUAACGAUAUGAUGGUUGUAAUAUUGUAUGCCAUUACAUUAGAUUCUUUUUGGGUUCCAAAGAACAAAUCAUUCUUUUGCCCUCUCGCAUGUUGAGAUUUUUAUUUUUGAUUUGUGAUGGCUUUCUAAAAGUUGACCAACUAUAUCUAAUUGCGGAGUACAUGAAACUAUUCCGUUGUUUAUUACUA